CAUUCUUUAAGUUUUUGCGCAGAAAAAAAAAAAAAACUUUUGUACAUUUCCCGACGACGAACAAUGUCUGAAGAGCAACCGGCACCAAAGCUCUCAUUAAAGCAGAAGCGAAAGCUGCAAGAGCAAGAAGAGCUAGAAUCACUUGAAUCGAAAGUGGCUCAACCUGACAACUAUGUUGACACCAAAUUCUUUGAUGAUCUACCGAUCUCGACCAAAACUCGCAAAGGAUUGAAACGAAGCAACUUUCGGCAAUUAACCGACAUUCAACGUAAAGCGAUCCCACUUGCUUUGGCUAAACGAGACGUUCUGGGUGCAGCAAAGACCGGUAGUGGCAAAACACUGUCAUUCCUUGUACCUGUGUUGGAAAUCCUGUAUCGUGCUCGAUGGAACGCAGCAGACGGCUUGGGUGCCUUGAUCAUCUCGCCCACCCGUGAGUUGGCUGUCCAAAUCUUUGAGGUGCUCAAGAAGAUUGGCCGUGAGCACUCAUUCUCAGCAGGCUUGAUUAUUGGUGGCAAGGAUUUCAAGGUGGAACAGGAACGUGUGUCACGAAUGAAUAUUUUGGUGGCUACGCCGGGACGUUUGUUACAGCAUAUGGAUCAAUCUGUUGGCUUUGAUUGCGACAAUCUGCAAGCGCUGGUGCUGGAUGAAGCAGAUCGUAUCCUCGACAUGGGUUUUCAAAAGACGGUUAACGCCAUUAUCGAAAACCUGCCAAGGAGCAGACAAACGAUGCUCUUUUCGGCUACACAGACUCGAUCCGUCAAAGAUCUUGCACGACUUAGUUUACAAGAUCCCGAAUACGUUGCUGUCCACGAAAAGUCAGAGCACAGUACACCUCACAACUUGACACAACACUAUGUCGUUUGCGAACUGCACAAAAAGCUCGACGUUUUAUUCUCGUUUAUCCGAUCUCAUCUUCAAUCCAAGACGAUCGUAUUCAUGUCCAGCUGCAAGCAGACUCGGUUUGUCUAUGAAGCAUUUUGUAAACUCCAGCCCGGUAUUUCGCUCUUACAUCUGCACGGCAAGCAAAAACAGACCAAGCGCGUUGAGAUUUUCCGCAAGUUUACCACUACGCAGCACGCCGUUCUGUUCAGCACGGAUAUCGCCGCUCGUGGUUUGGAUUUCCCAGCCGUAGACUGGGUGUUGCAGCUAGACUGCCCUGAAGAUGCAGACACAUAUAUUCACCGUGUUGGACGUACCGCACGUUUUGAUGCCAGUGGCCAUAGUCUUUUGCUGUUAUUACCUACUGAAGUCGAGGGAAUGAUGGAGGAACUCAAAAAGAAGAAGGUGCCAAUUGAGGAAAUCAAGGUUCGCGACAGUAAGCAGCAGUCUGUCCAAAAACAAUUACAAAGCUACUGUUUCCAGGAUUCAGAAAUGAAGUAUCUUGGACAAAGGGCUUUUGUCUCGUACAUGCGCUCAGUGUUUUUACAACGUAACAAGAACAUUUUCAAAGCAACCGAAUUGCCAACAGAAGAGUAUGCGGCAUCGCUUGGUCUUGCGGGUACACCUAAGAUCAAGUUUAUAAACAAAGCCAAAGCUAAAGAAACCGCCGCCUCCCAACUACUUGAAGAAGAAAAAGAAGAAGAGGAUGAGGAAGAGGAUGAAGAAAAGGAAAAGGAUCGAGUCAGAACGAAAUACGAUCGCAUGUUUCAGCGAAAGAAUCAGGAUAUUUUGUCAGAGCAUUACAACAAGCUUGUCGAUUUUGCAAAUGACACUGUUACCAAAGAUGAUGAUGGCGAUGACUUUUUGACGAUUCAACGAAAGGAUCAUGAUCUGGAAAGCGAGCCCGAAGAAGAUAUCAAUGAGUUGGUGUCAGAAAAUAUAUCCAAGCGACAAGCAAAGAUGACCAAGAAGCACGUUGCAAAGAAACAGACCAAGGGUGAACGAAUUGUGUUUGAUGAUGAAGGCAACCCACAUCAAUUGUAUGAAAUGGUGAAUGAAGAAGAGUUUUUGAAGGAUGGUGAUGCGAAGGCACAAAAGGAAGCGUACAUCAGUGAAGAGACCAAGGCCAUGGAGACUGCUGAUUGGGAAGAUAAGGCAACCGCAAAGCAGAAGCGCAAAGAAAAGCGAGAAAAGCGGAAGCUACGAAAGCAACAAGAGCUGAUGGAAGCCAGAAAGGAACGAGGUGAAGACGUGGACGAAGUAGUUUACACAUUGGGAUCUGGUGCAGAGGAUUCUUACAGCGAUGCAUCCAUGUCGGAGUAUUCAUCUGAUGAAGAAGAGGACGAAGAACGUGAGGCGUUCAAGCGAAAAUGGCGUGAAGCUCAAGAAGACGAAGAGGACGAAUCGCGAUCUGGAAAGAAACGUGUCAUUGAAACCGAUGAGCCUGUUACUCUGGCAGAUCAGGAAGCAUUGGCACUUAAACUUUUGGGAGCAUAAAAUUAAUUCUUUUGUACAUUUUCUAUAAUUCAUUUAAUCCAAACUUUUUUCAAUAUCAGCAU